GAGCGCGGGCGCCAUGAGCAAGAUCUCGAAGCUGCUGAAGGGGGGCGGCGCGCGCGGGUCCCCCAGCCGCGGCGCCCCCUCGGCGCAGGAGGCCCUGGCGCGGCUGCGGGAGACCGAGGAGAUGCUGAGCAAGAAGCAGGCGUUCCUGGAGGGCAGGAUCGAGCGGGAGCUCGCGGCCGCCCGCCACCACGGCACCCGCAACCGCCGAGCUGCCUUACAAGCACUGAAGAGAAAAAAGAGGUAUGAGAAACAGUUGAGUCAGAUCGAUGGCACACUCUCAACCAUUGAGUUCCAGAGAGAAGCACUGGAAAAUUCUCAUACCAACACAGAAGUGCUCAAGAACAUGGGUUAUGCUGCACAAGCUAUGAAAAAAGUGCAUGCAAAUAUGGACUUAAAUAAAAUCGAUGAUUUGAUGCAAGAUAUCACUGAACAGCAAGAUAUCGCCCAGGAAAUUUCAGAAGCUAUCUCAAACCGAGCUGGGUUUGGUGAUGAGUUUGAUGAGGAUGAGUUGUUGGCAGAGCUGGAAGAGCUGGAGCAGGAAGAGAUGAACAAGCGGACGGCAGAGGUGCGACUGCCCAGCGUGCCGGCCGGCCCGCUGCCCGCCCGCCCCGGUGAGCUGCCUGCCCUCAGUGACUGUUGUUCAUGUCUCUCUGCAGCAUCGAGCAGGAAGAGAGUGGAAGAUGAAGAGGAUAUGAAGCAGCUAGCUGCCUGGGCUUCCUAAGAGCGUGCUCUUCUUGUAACCGUGAACAUGAUAUUGCAGAUGUAAAGCACUCUAAUACUAUUUUAUAGCAUUACCGAUUCAGUGGGUUGCAUUUUGCACAGGCUGGACCUUUUAUUUUAAGACCAAUUUGGCUAGAAAUAAUUGUAUGACGACCACAUUGCUGAAUUAGUUUAAAGGCAAAACAACAAAACCGAAAACCAACCUCUGUAACUGCCAAAACUCUCCAGUCCUCCAAGCAGCAGAGUUUUUCCACCCUUGGCCAAAGGUUUGCUUUGCCAUUAGAAUGAUGGCACUAUGUGGGUAUUUUUAUUGCUAUUGGUUUUUUUUAAAGUUAAUGUCUUACUACUGCUCCCUAUUUUGUGGGACCUGUGUAUCCCACUUAUGCACACACAGCUGCACAUAGGAGGAUUCAGUUCCUGUUUGUAUUCAGUUCCUGAGUGUUAUAUUUGAAAUGACCUUUUCACUCUGAUYGAAAGCUGAACAUAAUGCACCCUUGCAAAGCUGAUGUGCAUUAGUGCCAUGCUGACUGCUUUUUGACUUGAGGAGUAAAUGCCACUCGGAGUGCUGAACUACUGCAUAKGUAGGCAAAUCACUCUUAUGAUGGAAAGCAGAAGUUUGAUAAACUACYUUGUACGAACAAAUUUUAUUAAAUAAGACUUAAGGUCUGAACUAUUAGCUUGCUGUCAAUCACAAUAAAAUAGAAAAACACUGAGGGUGGCCGGGGAAACUGGAAAGCAGAGUAGCAGUGGUUUUGGUUUCUUGCUUUCAAAUUAUUCUAAAUUCACUGGUGAUUGAACCAUCUAGGAAAUAAUGGGAGACAUGGUGUCUGUAGAAGCAGARGGCAGAUCACUUCUUAGGGUGGCUUUAGCUUGUGAUUUGCUGGGUCUGGCCGAUGCCUUCAGCCAAGUGCCUAUUGUAUUUUACAUUAAGCAUAAAUAUUAGCAUGUAUAUUUCUGGACACUGCAUGCUCAGAACCUUUYAUCUUGAGUUCUGUGGAUGAAGCCAAAAAUUUACUCCGUAGAAAUGGCYUUUGCCUUUUCAGAACUCUUGGUCUCUGCAGUGGAAUUGCCUUUGGUUUGGAUCCAUAUGAGUGGAGAACUUGAGCCUUGYCAAUUUAUUUCAGUUAAAUUUCCUAUUGGAAAAAGAUUAAGGGUGUAAUUCCAUCCUAAGGUUUGGA